GUCGUUCAUCAAAUUAAACCAUGCUCCAGUCUCGUCCAUCUUUACAUUUGUUGUCGGUCACGAAGCAGCUAAUGGAUAGAUGCAAGCGACAACCACAUGACACUUAUUACCAGUUCAGCCGUCAAUUACGGAUUGAUUUUCCUUUUCAGGAAUAUCUAAUUAUCUUCUCUAACUAUACUAUCGCAGCUGUCUCUAUCAAUUGACGGGGUAAUUCAAUCAUAUCGGAUCCAUAAAUACAGUGCAUUACUUGGAAGACCGGUAAAAUAAUAUAGAAAAACUUGGAUUAUCAUAUCAUCAGAGAUUUUAAAGUGCGGUAACCCAAUGUGUGAAAUUUUCGGAAUUUUCUAUGCCUGCCGCGAGUGCGUGAGUGACAGGCGUAUUGGGACGGUACGUGAGUAAGACAAGGACAUACAUAUCGAUCGAAGAAAUUGUUACCUCAAAAUAUUAUAUACACAACCUCAAAGAUGUUUCACACCGACGGACGAUGAUGCUGGAGACGUUCGUUCUUGCUGGUAUAUGGCUUUGCCAUAAGAUCAAAGUGGCUUUGUCAUUUUUGAUAGGAUCUUCAGGAAAAUGGUUUCCCGUUGGAAAACUCUCACAAAGGUGGGAUUCAUUGGUCGAUCAAAGCGUGAACAUCAGGAACAAGAAAGGAUCCCGAGCGAUGAAUUAUUCGAGAAGGACCGGUUGGCUGGUGCAACUGCAGAGUGCAGGGAGACGUGACCUAGAAAUGUCCUCUGAGAUGAGAAUAAAGAGAGAGGAGAAUACCGAUGAUGUUAAGUGAGAAAUGUAGAUAAGAGAAGAGACGCGAAGUGGACAGGAGACAAGGAGGCGAGAAGAGAAGAGAUCUUUACUCGUCGUCGAGGAUGAGGACUGUCUCUUCAUUGGUAAUGGUAAUGGUCGUUCUGGAAAUGGGAGCACGUUGGGAAAGUAGGAAGGGGAGGCUAUAGCCGGACCGACAGCAGUCGAGUGCCUCAGUCGUUCGUGGACCUCGAAGGACGAUAGAGGUCGAAGAGGGCAUUUCCUUCUCCUCCUCUUUCACUGACCACCACCAUCGCUCCGUAAAGAGCCGUAAAAGUCAGCUCGAACCACGUUGCUCUUGGCUUCCCGAUUUGUCUUCCUCUUCCUGCUCCACCUCCUACCCUUGUACUGUUCAUUGCAUUCGGUUGCCGCACAGUUCUUCGUGCACCUCGCCGUCCUCUUUUACUUCCUCGUCCUGGUCUCAUCCUCGGAGAUUUUUCGUUCGGUCGCGACUAGCAAGCUCAAGGAUGCAACGUCAGAUCGUCCUUGGGAUUUUCCUGCUCUGCUGCUUUCAAGAGUACGUGGGUGGCGCGUGUCCUCGGAUAUGUCCACCGGGCGGAGAAGCUGUUUGCGGUAGCGAUGGCGUUAUUUAUGCGUCGCAGUGCGAAAUGCGGAAAAAAAUGUGCGGAAAAGGCGUCACGGUGGCUACGGAGAAGACUGCCUGUCUGAGGUCAUCUGGCAGCAAGUGCGAGCAUCGUUGUCCAGGUGAUCAGGACCCCGUUUGUGGUACUGACGGACGUACUUACCUGAACAAGUGCAUGCUGAGAGUAGAGAUAUGCCGAGUUGGCAUAGAAUUGUCUCAUCUUGGUCCAUGCAACAAUAUUUCGGCACAUCGAGAGAACUGUCCUGUCUCUUGCGAAUUUGCACCACUGGACGGUCCCGUUUGCGGAAGCGAUGGGAACGUCUACAAAUCCACGUGUCAGAUGAAAUUGUUGACCUGCGGACAAGGCGUCGUACGUACCAACAAGAAGCAUUGUCAGACUACAAGACACUGUCGCGAGUCCUGUUGGAGGGGUGCCAAACCAGCUUGUGGCAGUGAUGGCAUCUUGUAUUCAAAUACUUGUAAAAUGCGAGCGAAGAAUUGCGGCAAGCACGUGUUCGAAGUGCCAAUGUCAUUCUGUGUGUCUCGCGAGAGAACAGCAGGAGGUGCAGCGACUGCUUGUCCGCUGGGUUGCCAGAACGUACCGGAAGUGCCGGUCUGUGGAUCGGACGGUAGCAUCUACAGAAACGACUGUGAGAUGCAGAUGUUAAAUUGUGGCCAAUCACGCAGGAAGGUAGCAUCCGUAGAUUUUGAAAAGUGUCGUCCACGUCUCACCAAGUGUUUAAAGCAACAAAUCCGUUGUGGAAACGAAGUGGAUCCAGUAUGUGGAAGCGAUGCCAACACGUAUCCCAAUCAGUGCCAUCUUAACAUCGCCAUUUGCCUGAAAGGAAUCCAGAUGGCUCACGUUGGCGAGUGCACGACCUUGAAGGAGACAGAGCACUGCCCCGAAGACUGUGCUGAGGUUCUAGAGGAACCCGUCUGCGGAAGUGAUGGGAACGUUUACAGGUCUCUGUGUCAGCUAAGAAAGGAAACCUGCGGUCAAAGAGUGGUACCGGUACCGGCACAGCAUUGUCGCACUACAGCACUGUGCAACCAGGUCUGCAGUGGCGAGAGACAAUUUGUCUGCGGCUCCGACAACAAAUUGUACAGGAACGAAUGCGAGAUGAAGAGAGACAAUUGCGGAAAACACGUUUACGUGGUACCGAUGAAGAGGUGCGUCCAGGGUUUUCAAUUUCGUGGCUGUCAGAAGAUAUGCCCGCCAUAUUACGAUCCAGUUUGCGGAACCGACGACAUGACGUACAGCAACGAGUGCUUCCUGGAGAUUGAAAAUUGUCGCAGUCGAAGUCUCGUUACGAAAAAGUAUCAUGGAGUAUGUGGCCAGCCGACGGAGGAACCUAAGAAUUAUCUGUACUGAACGAAACGUUAGCUCAAUAGUCUUGGAACACGAGGACAGUGGUACCAUCUGCAAGAAAUUCUUUUUUAAAUACAGACUCACCACCCUCGUAUAACGACGGGAUCAGGAGCGAUGCCAUUUCUUUUUAUUUUUAAAGGAAAUUCCUCCUACAGGACAUUCAAAGCCUGACGACUGAAGAAACAAAAAGGAAAACAGUGCUUCGCUAAAAUUUUAUUAUCAUUACCGAUCUUCGUGCAUCCUACGAACCUGCUGAUUGGAAGGAUCUGAUUUGAUUAGGCUGUAAUAUUGGAAUCGGUCAAUCAGCGUUGAUUUUAAAAAAUGCCUCUGGGACAUCCAACGCUGUGACGUUAUGUGAUUUAAUUAAUAUUGCGUAACGUCGAUAUUCUUCGUAGGCAUCUUUUCUUUUCCUAAUAUGAAUUUUAUCGAUAAUUUAUUCUCCGCCUAUUUCUUCAUAAUUAUAUCGAAACGUCGUGUCAAUGCUCGCAGCGCACAUUAUCAAAUCAUUAAUCGAAUGAUCGAAGAGGAGAAUCGCGUUAUGUAUUAUUAAGAUUGUCCAUCCCUCCCACCCCCCCCUCCCAACUACCCCUCUCGCUACUCAAUAGCAUCCUUUAUCUAUAUACCUUAAGGUCCUGUCGCUGUUCACGCAACGCACAACUGUUAUUUAUUCUAGUUAAGCCGUAGAAUCGAUCUUCAUUGCCCAGUAAGAAAAAAUAAUGUAGACGCAUCUUUUUUUAUUCGCCUUUCCGCAUCUUCUACGUAAUUUUGCUAGGAAGUAUCUUUAUCAUUGCGCAAUUACGAUCACUAUUAUUAUUGAUAAUAUAAAUAUUAUUGAUUACUAGCUCUUAGAAUUAUUGCUACACAGGACGUAUUGCCGUUAUAAGGAAAUAUUCCAUAUUCUGUCCUUUUGAUAUGUGAUGUGUGUUCAUAUUAUUAUUAUUAUUAUUAUUAUUAUUA